AAUGAAGAAAAAUGUCAGUAGUUAUCGGGAAUAACUAAUAAAAAUACUGAAUGUCAGUUGUGAAAUUUAACUUUGCAUUGAUCCCGAUAAAUUGCAAGAGGUUAAGUGUCAAUCUUCAUCAACUGUAUGACACCUUCGACUUGUGACUUCUCACUGAUUGCAAGAGGAUUAUUAAUAAUUAUUGUGUAUGGGUAAUGAAAUCAAAAUGAUGUUAGAGUACACAGUAUGUUAGUCUACCGGAGUUGCAUUUAUUUUCACAGUACAAUUCUGAAAAUAAACCGAAAAUCUAAUACCGUACAUACUUGUUGAUAAUUGCGUCAGCUGAGCUGAAGCCGGCUAGUGUUGAAUCGCUUAUUGUACGCGCAGUUGCUUGAAUCGCGUACAUUGUAAUAGAGAAAAUAUUUUGUAUCCAAAUUGCGAUUGAGAGAAACUGAUCAAAUUUGUCGGUAAUUGAAGAAGAAAUAGCAAAAUGAAUGGAACAAAAAUAGUAUUGAAUAAAAGUGAAAAAAUGAAUCAAAAGUCCCUUAAUGGACACUUAAAUCAUAUCAAUGGUGAACAAAAACCUGAAGGAAAAGUGUUAGUUAUCUACACAGGUGGUACUAUUGGAAUGAUAAGAAACGCACAAGGAGUUCUUUCACCAUUACCCAAUGCGUUUAUUGAAACAGUCAAAAGUUAUUCUCAUAUGCAUGACCGUACUUAUGCAGAAGAAUUUCUAGGGUGUUCAGACUCUCUAGUACUGCCAUUGAAAGGUACAGAUAGUCGACGAGUGAUUUACAAUAUUGUGGAAUAUUCUCCUCUUUUAGACUCUAGUAAUAUGACGAUGGAUGAUUGGAUAAAAAUAGCAAUUGACAUAAAAGAAUCAUAUGAAAAUUACGAUGGAUUCGUCGUGCUACACGGCACAGAUACUCUGAGUUACACUGCGUCAGCACUUUCAUUCAUGCUCGAGGCGCUCGGAAAAAUAGUCGUGAUAACUGGCUCCCAGCUACCAAUUUUUGACACGCGCAGUGAUGGCCUUCACAAUUUUUUGACUUCUCUCGUAAUUGCUGGUACUUACAGCAUACCAGAGGUUUGUGUAUUUUUCGGCUCGCAUCUUAUGCGAGGUAAUCGCACCAGUAAAGCUGCUGCUGCAUCAUUCGAAGCGUUUACAUCUCCAAACUGUACGCCCCUCGCUGUCGCUGGUAUUAAGAUCGAAAUCAAUUAUCAGUCAAUCUUUCGACCUUGCGCCUUGGAAAAAUUUAAUGUGCACAAGACAUUAAACCGUAACGUCGGGUUACUAAGAAUUUUUCCGAGUAUUACAACUGACUUAGUAAGGGCAUUCGUUCAGCCACCUAUCGAAGGAGUUGUUCUUCAGACUUACGGGGCUGGAAAUAUUCCAGGAAAUCGCGAAGAUAUACUUAAUGUGUUACGAGAUGCUACAAAACGCGGUGUUAUUAUUAUUAACAUCACUCAGUGUCACAAAGACGGGGUUACAGAUCUCUAUGAAGCUGGAAAAGUAUUACUCGACGCCGGUGUAACUUUGGGCUAUGAUAUGACACCAGAAGCAGCUUUAACGAAGCUAGCAUACGUAUUAUCAAAAACAGAAUGGGAUAUUGUCACCAAAAGACGCAUGAUGGAAACAAAUUUACGUGGUGAAAUCACAACUCAUCACAGUGUCAGGAUACAAGAUCGCAAAGUAAUUAUGCGUAUGCUUGGUUUAAAUUCGGAGGCUGAGCUUGAUAAACUCGGACCGAUAAUAUUUCCUGCGUUGAUGAUUGAUGCUGUAAUUAGUCAAGACAUAGAAAAAAUCGCAUCAUUAAAAGACAAUGGUGUCGAUGUAUCUCAAACAAACGGAGACUCUCGGACAGUUUUACACAUCGCUUGUUGUGAAGGUGACAUCAAAUUAGUUCGAGCUCUAUUAGAAAUGGGUGCUAACGUUCAUAUAAAAGAUAGAUUUGAUCGCACUUCACUUACUGAAGCUGUAGAAAAUGACCAUCAUGAAAUAAUUAAAUUACUUCGCCAAUGUGGAGCACAUCUUCAUGAGAGUCCUCUAUUAAUAGGACAAAAAUUAUGCAAUGCAGCUGCUUUUGGCUGCCUUAAACGUCUCCAAUCAUACAAUAUAGCUGGUGCAGAUUUAUCGCAACCAGAUGUUUCCGGUCGUACGGCCCUUCAUAAUGCAGCGAUUCAUAAUAAACCCUCGAUCGUACGCUUUCUAAUGGAGCACGGAAGCGAUCCUGAGUCUACAGAUAUGUUAGGUCAUACACCAUUUGUGCUAGCAAGGAUUGUUAGUGCAAAAAAUGUACUUAAAAUUCUUGCAAUUACCAGUUUUACAAAUAAUUCUAAUAAUAUUACGACGUAGCGUAAUUUUACUUAUGAUUUUAACAUUAAUCUAAUAACAAGAGAAAGUAAAAAAUUUUCUUGACAAUUUCUCGAUGCGUGUCUGGUGUCUUUACGUCUCUAUAGACUCCGAUGAUAAGACAUUUUUUUUACGCUGUGCGCAUCUGAACAAUGAAAGUAAAUUGUCAUGUCGUUGGUGGUUAUUACAGAAGUUUGUUAACAUUACUAAAAAAUACUGAUGUAACAAGUAAAUUUAAAUAAUUUAUAAUUUUAUUUAUUUUUAA